CAACAUAUUUUACAACCUUACUAACAAGCAAACCUCUUUCUUUCCUAUGGCUUUCUCCCUUUCAUAUUCAGCCAUCGGAAACUAUGGUUUGCGGUCAUGCAUGGCGGUUGCAAACCGCGAUAGUGAUGGUACCUUUGGGCAAGCUAUGUUUCAGAAGAUUAGUAAGAGUAGAGAGUCAAGUAAAGUGAGUGUAGCAACGGAUUUUCCCCCGGUGGUUGUUCAACAACCACCGUGGAGAGAUCAGGUUGCAACGAAGGAGCGGAAGCUGGCAGCGUGGACAAGUGUCCGACAAGAUCGGUGGGAAGGAGAGCUUGUUGUGGAAGGAGAGAUCCCUCAGUGGCUGAACGGGACCUACUUGAGGAAUGGACCAGGACUAUGGCACAUAGGAGACUACAACUUCCGCCACCUUUUCGACGGCUACGCCACCAUAGUCCGCCUCCACUUCGAGAACGGACGCCUCGUUAUGGCUCACCGGCAAAUCGAAUCCGAUGCAUACAAGGCCGCAAGAAAAAAUAAUAAACUUUGUUACCGUGAAUUUUCGGAGGUCCCUAAACAUGACAAUUUCCUAGCAUAUAUUGGUGACUUGGCCAAUUUAUUCUCAGGUGCGUCCCUAACUGAUAAUGCCAAUACUGGCGUUGUUCAGUUAGGUGACGGCCGAGUGGUUUGUCUUACUGAGACAAUCAAAGGGUCGAUUGUUAUCAACCCUAAUAAUUUAGAAACUUUAGGAAAGUUUGAGUAUAGUGAUUCUUUGGGUACCUUAGUCCACUCGGCGCAUCCUAUAGUGACUGCGUCCGAAUUUUUAACAUUGUUGCCAGAUUUGUUAAACCCUGGUUAUCAAGUGGUGAGGAUGGAGCCCGGUUCAAAUGAAAGGAAGGUGAUUGGUCGGGUUGAUUGUCGUGGUGGCCCGUCACCAGGCUGGGUCCAUUCGUUUCCAGUGACUGAACAUUAUGUGGUUGUGCCCGAGAUGCCGUUAAGGUAUUGUGCACAAAACUUGUUAAGGGCUGAACCUACACCACUUUACAAGUUUGAGUGGCAUCCUGAGUCCAAAGGGUUUAUGCAUGUUAUGUGCAAAGCUAGUGGCAAAUUGGUGGCAAGUGUGGAAGUUCCUCUAUUUGUGACAUUUCACUACAUUAAUGCAUAUGAAGAUAAAGACGAAGAUGGGAGGGUAACUGGAGUUAUAGUUGAUUGUUGUGAACAUAAUGCCAAUCCUGCAAUCCUUGAUAAACUAAGGCUUCAAAAUCUCCGGUCAUGGUCUGGCGACGAUGUUCUACCCGAUGCUAGGGUUGGGAGAUUUAAAAUACCACUCGAUGGAAGUCCGAAUGGAGAACUAGUAGACGCUCUAAACCCCGAUGAACACGGAAGGGGGAUGGAUAUGUGUAGCAUUAAUCCAGCUUAUCUAGGUAAGAAAUACAGAUAUGCUUACGCUUGUGGUGCGCAACGUCCAUGUAACUUCCCCAACACCAUCACUAAGAUAGACUUCGAAGAUAAGAAAGCAAAGAGCUGGUACGAUGAAGGUUCGGUUCCAUCAGAACCUUUUUUUGUUGCACGCCCUGGGGCAACAAAAGAGGAUGAUGGGGUCGUGAUAUCAAUGGUGAGUGACAAAAAUGGCGAAGGUUACGCCCUAAUAUUAGACGCUUCAUCAUUCGAAGAAAUCGCAAGAGCAAAGUUUCCAUACGGGCUUCCGUAUGGACUUCAUGGAUGUUGGGUUCCUAAGUGUUAAAAGGGGCAAUUUGGUAAAGAAAGUGUGUAUCUAAAAUGAUGUUUAUGUACAUCUCAUUAGUCAAGUUCAUAGGAAUACUUUAUACAAAAGUAUAAUUAUAUUGUCUUAGACUCUUAGUUGGUGUACAUAUAUAUGAUGAUACAUAACAUAUUUGUUUAUACUACUUUCCUUGUAAUAAUGAUAUAUAACAUAUUUGUUUAUACUA